AUGGCGCUUUCCAAGGAUUGUAUUUCCACGCCUCUCGAGGCUGGCACUUCCCUGCUGGACAUUCAUCACAUUCCCACCCGCGUUACGGAAGCUCUCGAGUACGCUGCACGCCGCUUCUCCCGUAAGGGAAUGCAGAUUGCUCUCGUAGCCGUCUGCCGCGAAUACCAUACCCCAUCCGUUAUUCCCGUCUGCAACAGCCCCAUGUUCUCGCCGCCCGCCUCGCCGGCUCCUGUCCCGACGUCCUCCGUGAUGGGCUUCGCCGCCUCCGUCAAGAAGCGGCUGACGCGGUCCAACACCCAUCCCGUCCUCUCCCUGAACUCGUCUAUCAACACCACUGAUCUGCGCAGCGCUGCUACCUCGCCCACCUGGUCGGUGUCCUCCCGAACCACCGCCUACAGCUCCGCAGCGUGCAGCAUUGCCUCCGACCGGCCUAGCUGGCCUUGUACUCCCGCCACACCCGCAACUCCCAUGUCGAUGCCGCUUAUGACCCCGGCGACCACCGCUCCUUCUAGCACGGCGGAUGCCACGUCGCUCUCUUCCAGCCCCUUUAGCAUCCGUCUGGUGCACGGUGAUGUGCUCUGCGCCAAGGACGAGCAGGCUGUAGGGCAGGUCCUGGAACGGGCUGCCCGCAAGUACAAGAUUGGCAAUCAGUGGCUCCCCACGGUCGAGUACGCUUCCACCUACGGCCUUACUGACGGCAUCAUCCGUCGCUCCCUGAACCAGGGCGAGACCCUCUUCUCGUCCCACGGUUUGACCCUCUACGCCCUCGACCGCCUGUACACUUUCAAAGGAUGCCGUCGACGAGCUGCGGAGGCUUUUCCUUUCCGGGGCGGCCGCAAGAUCGCAAAGGCGGACAUUCUCCGAUCCUAUGACUGGCUAAACUUGAGCGACGCCGCCCUGGCAGAAUUGGAUCGCAUGUACCGCCGCGCGUAUGGCGGUCCUCUGGGGACUGGCGCGAUUGAAGGUAUGACAGAGGUCAAGUUUGAGAUGCGGGACCUGUUCCACACGUCUGUGGACGAGAUCAAGAUCGAGAUAUGCGAGGCCAUUGAUGAUGUCCUCUUUAUCCGGGAGGACAACGAGGUAUCGCCCCUUGAGGAAGAAUCUUGGCCUCUUCCCUCCCAACCCCUCAUCAUCCUCGAGCGCCCCGUGCCUAUCCUCUCUACCCCCUUGGGAUGGAAAGCACCGGCAACGAGUAGCCCCAAAACGCCUGUUCCACUUCUUCGAUUACAGACCACGUUCGACCCGGUGUCCAGGGAGACCCCGCCGAAGACAACAAGACCCCGCCGCCGGGAGCAGAGUUGA